AUGAACCACGUUCCUAGAAGUAAGCUUGUUUUACAGGAAUUGAGCAAUAGAAUAACGAAUAAUGAAACUCAAGAACAAAUUCCAAAAAAUAUUAUUGACAUACCAUUGCAUCCACGUAGUGGGAGAAAUGUCAAUAAGCAAGAGGUUGCACAAGAGCAAAUACUUGACAUUACACUACCUCAAAGUAGUGGGAAUAACGUCGAGCAGCCUGCAAUUGUUGAGGAAAGCGUUCAGCAUAAUGUCGAGGAACCUGUCAUAGUACAGGAGGACAUUGAGGGUGUUCAAAAUUUAUUUCCAAAUGUAGCAUAUCCUAUAGUGGCUAGUCAUCGUAGUGGGAGAAUUAUUAAAAAACCUUUACGAUUUGCGCUCUUGAGAGAAUCAUAUGAUAUAAUCCCUAAGGAGCCUAAUACGGAACCUCUUAACUACGCCGAAGCAUUAUAUGAUAAAGAUGCUAAAAUGUGCAUUGCUGCUAUGAAAUAUGAAAUGGAGUCUAUGUAUUCCAAUCAAGUCUGA